CAGUCGUUGACUGGACGUGCUGCCGAUAACAACGUUUCUUGAUUGUGUUCCACGGCUUUUUGGAUGAACAUAAAGUUUUUAAACUCACAGAGUUCUUCAUUCUUGCUCUGUGCUAGCUUUGCGUGCGCGUCGAUUGUGAUUUUAUACCUUUUCCAUUAUUGUGCUUUUUUCUAUGAAACUUACUGGCGCAUCAACAGCGCAAUCGGUAAACCAGUUCGCCUCUGCUUUAGGCGGAUGGACGGACGGACGGACGGAUAUAUACUAUACAUAUGUAUGUAUGUAUAUAUGUACAUUGGGAAACGAGUAAUCAGUGCAGCUGUGAGUGAAUGUUGGAAUAGCGAAGCGCGUUGAAAAGAAAGAAUUUAUGCUAUGCUAGGCAUUACUAUUUUGCGGUUUUAAGUGAGGUUUUCUUUUUGUUUAGUGAUGGUGUAUUGAAUUAUUGUUGUUGUACACUUAGCAUACCUGUGCAAUAAAUGAAAGAAAAAAAAACAAAAGCAAACGAUUUUUGAAACGAUUUGGUCAACAUGACAAUAAGAACAACUGUGCAAAGAAGAAUAACGAACAAAUUCAAAUUCGAUUCCAAUUAUUUCAUGCUAUCCGAACUGUUUCCGUGGCAGGUAGUUUGACAGAGUUUUAUGUAUUGUGCGAUUGCCUUGCUUUUGUAUUCCAGUUGCCGUGUCGAUGUGGAUUAACUUCUGUUCUGUGUUGAGUGUAAAAACCUGAUGUACAUAAUAAGAAAGGCACAUAAAACAGAAACUGAAUCAUAAACAGCAUACAAAAACAAAAGCAACACAGCGCGCAACAAAAAGUGAACUGCAGUUGAUUAAAAUCCAGCUGGAAGCUGCAUUGUUCUCGUUCUCGAUCUGCGCGAUCUCCUCUCUGCAUUCGUCUGGGGUUCGCAGUACUUUGGACAGCCGUACAGUUGGUUUGGGUAUCUGCUGGCUGCUGCCAGUCGCCCGUCUCAGCAAUUCUUUCAGCCUUCAAGGCAAACCAGCAGUGCGUUGACUUGGAUCUUGCAUCUUUCAACUCGGAUCUGUAUUGGAUUCUCGUUUUGCUGCAGGCGUUUAGCUGCCGUACACCGAUUCUGUAUCUUUUUACCUGUCUGCCAUUUAUCGCACUUGCCUCGCUGCACGUAUAAACCUUGGACGGCGCGCGCCCUCUUGCCUUCGCAGCGCAACACAUAGCCCUUGCUGUGUGCGCGCGAUCCAUGGCAGUCAAACCAGAUGUACCAAAAGCGUAGCUAAACCAACUUGUUGUGUGCGUGGUCUGUCGUUAAUUACUAAAUACUUGCCAAUAGCAUCAGCCGCCACACCAGCAGUAACUCUGCACAAACAGGAAAACUUUGCAUCAGUUUUGUGAAUUUUUUCAAUUUUCUUCGCAGUGUUCUUCUUAUAGUGUUUGGUAUUUGAAAAUAACGGCAAAGAGAGCUGAGUACGUUUCGCAAAAAUUGCGCACGCAAAAUGUGAACAGUCUUUGCUUACAUAAAUUGUUUCGCAUCUGCCUUCAAUAAGCAAAAUACAAAUAAAUGAGUGAGUACAAAUGUGUAGAGCGCGCCGCGUGCAACACGCCUGCGCGCAUCCCCUCCACAGAGAAGCCAAGCAAAUCGUUCUGCUCGCUAGCCUAUUUGGCCAAGUCCACUGUCGCCAUAAAUAGCAGCAGCGAUGUAAGAAUUGUAAAGGGGCCCGGCUACAAGGCACUCAACUCUAGCGCGCCGCACACGCCGAAUGUUGCAGCUACCGCGAAAGUGAAUGAGCGCGGCUCACCUGGUUUACCGACUGGUGCGGCGACAGCAAUCAACAACCAUGAAGACAACAAUAGUCAGCCUAAAGAUGCGCCCUUGACUACGACGACGGCAAGUGCAGUCAGCGGACAGGCCAACAAGGACAAUGCGCAAGUGGACCUGAAUGCAGGCGAUGCCGAUGCCGAUGUGUUUGGUGUAAUCAAUGAAGAGGACGCUACUGAUCCUGCUAUUGACCAGUUGGAUGGCGUCGAUGUGCGACGUCCAUGGGAACUAGGCGCACAAAAUGGCUUUGUACGCCGCAUUCCGCCCGCGCUGAUGACACCCGCAAACACACAGAAUGGCUAUCAACAUGGCCCAAAUGGGUUGGCAUCACUGUCGAAAUUGAAUAGUAUGGACUGCUGGGAUUACACCAUCGAACUGGAAUGCCUUAAUGGCCCGCAAGGUUACUUCAAUGGUGAUCGGGGGCGACACCUUAGCUCCAUAAAUAACAAUCUCUUACAUAUCGAAUGCCAAAAGCAAAUCAAAGAAAAAGUGCAACUGACCCAUUUAACGCACGAACGCCUGUGGCAUGCCGCAGCUGCCGGGCCGCGAAGCAGCACGUCAAGUGCGCGUGAACACGCUUUGAAGGCGCGGCUGCUGCUGCUGCAGUGGUUCGUGGUGUGGCGACUUCCGCACUCUCGCGCCAAAUUGCGCAGCGCCGAGUACUUGAAGAAACACACAAACGCACUGCGUGAGGUCAACGAUACGCGCCUGAAGGUGUACGAGCAACUGGACAUUGGCAUACAGGAUUUGGAGCGCGCCAACCAGCGGCUGACCGCCGAGAACACAUCCGACAAGAAGCAUAUAAAGACACUUGUGCAAAACAUCGAAACGCUUGAGGCGCGUCAAGAUGAGCUCAACAAGCAGUUGGAAGAGCUGCGACAAGUGCUCUCCAUGGAGCGGCGAAAAAACGAGCGCCUCAGCAGUGCCAAUGAGAAACGCAAUGCCGCGGGUGCGGCCAACGAGCUGAACAGAAGCAAUGGAGCAUGGAAUGGUGGCGCAGCCGAAGAGGCAAAUGCAACAAGCAAUGGUGAUGGCAGCAGUGGUGAAGUGCUGGGUUUCGAAGCCAACACCACUGCACCUGAGAGCUGCAGUUUUGCUUUCGCCUCCGCAGCGUCACUGGACAGUAAAGUCAACUCGACCAGCAUCGGCACCAGCCAUAGCCACAGCCACAGCCAAAACAAUUCGUUGGCUCUGAGCGAUUUGGUGUGCGGCGCUGAGGACAGCGAGGAGAUUAUUAAGCUCGUCAACGAUUUGGAGAUGACGAAGAAGGCUUUCGUGGCCGAGCAGCAGCGUUGCACUGAGUUGGAGGAGCAACUGAUGGCCAUAAUACAAGAGAAUCAGACGUUGCAGAGCCGCUUGGCGAACAAUAGUCCAAAUGAGGAAAUGCGCUCCAUGCAGGAGGAGCUGUCCAUAUUGGAUGAAGUGCGGCAAGGUAAAAUGUGCAGCCGUUGCUUGCGCGUGGUUGAGGAGCGCGGCACCAUCGGCGACGAGCAGUCAUCGCUGGCCCCCACAGAAGAGUACCACGAGGAUGAGGAGCAAAGUUUGCUCGAUAAUGCCAGCGAAUGCUCACAGGCCGCCUAUCGUCCGGGUGUAUCGAUUAAGGUCUCUUCUCGCAUUACCGACUCUUUGGAUUUGAACAUUCCUGGCAGUCCCAAUCCGUAUCGCGAGCUUGUGGAGAAAUACGAAGCUCUCCUCGAGGUGCAAUGCUCCGCUAUCGCACGCAAAAUAACACUACAGGUGGCGUGGCUUGGCUCGGGUGGCGGCAGUGGCAGUGGUGGUGAUGGCAUGUCAUUGGCCGACGAGUUUCAGUCAUCCGGCGAGUUUAGUCAGUCACAAAAGUCUUCUCAUACGCCAUCGUACGUUGCGGAUGAGGCUGUAGCCGAUGACAGCGGUGGCGCUGUGGGCGGUUACAGCUCCAAUGGCAGUGUGCCAAAUGGCGACGAUUCAGGUGCGCAAAUCUGCGCUAACGAAAGCACUGGCAAAGCAACUAUGAACAGCACAAAGGACAUGCGUGGUCGCACACCCACUGAGUACUCAGAGGCGGAGACUUCAUCUUCUGGCUAUGCCGACGAAACGAGCAACAAGUGCACGCAGACAGAGAAUCGGCCUGGGUCAUUCUUGUGCACCAUCGGCGAUGGUGAGGUGUGCAAGUUCAGCAUUUAUGAUGACGCCAGUCCCAUUGAAUCGCAUUUCCGCAAUCGACCGGAGUAUAAGGAACUAUUCAAAGAGAUAUUUGCUGUUUUGAAGAAGGCGGCCACCAAUAAGGAAGAGGGUGAGAAAUUGCCUUUGCUCGACGACUCGGAGCCCGUAGCAGUUAGCGCUAGCAACGUCGCCAAGGUGCCGCCAGUGACGCCUGCCAAUGAAGAGCUGCCAAUCGAUUUCGCUGACGAUGCACAGAGCGUCAUUUCGUCUGCGGUUUCCGAACAAUCGUUCGCCAUGUCCGAGUGCAUAACAAAGUUGGAGCGUAAGACCGCCAAGAAGCACAUCAUCGAGAAGAAUCAAGAGAAUCAGCCGCCCAUGCAUGUGGGCACCUCCAUCACCACACUGGUUGUUGGCGCCAACUCGCCAAUUGUCGAAAAUGGCCGCGUUCUGACACCACUUAAGCGUGAGCCGCUCGAAUACCUGUCGGUUGGCGUGGGUAUAAAGAAGAAGAACCGUCGCAAGAACCGCAACUUUAGCGGUGAUCGCUCCGAGUCGCCUGCCACGCUGCCAUCGCCGCCGCGCUUCUUCGUCGCCAGUGGCAAGAAACGACGCGAUGUGCGCCCCUAUGUGCAAUCGCCACUGGCCAGCACCGGCGCCGAACAGCCACGCUCCUCACGCGCACGCUACGAAUGGAACGGCAGCUCGAUGGUCAUUUACAAUCGUAGCUUGAAUUCGCCUGCCGCCGCCGCCGCCGCCGCUGCCACUCAGUCCACGCUGCGGGGUCGUGAAUUGGAUUUAAGUAAUCUAGAAUAUCGGCCAAGCUUUCUGUCCAUGGAACUCAAUCAAUUGAAGAAUCUGGAGAUGUCGUAUGCUGAGGUGCUGCGCAGCGCGGACAGCUGCAAGCACGCGCACUGCCAGUCGACGUCACACCAUCACCACCACCAUCAUAACCAACAUCAACAGCAACAACAGCAGCAGCAGCAGCAGCAUCAGUCGCAACAAAAGCAACACAAACAACAAAAACAACACCGAAAUCGCAAAAAUUAAGUCGAUAGAGAGAGAGCGACCGAAAACAAUGCAGGAGGGAGUGGUCCUUUUCAAUAGCGGAAAACCCUUUCCCAAUGUUAAUUCGGAUUUUUGUUUUCGCUGAAUAUCCGCAAUCGGAUCUACAUAUAUAACCUAACUACAAACAGACAUUAGAACAUACAUGAAUAUGUAUAAGCGUACUAGCCCGUAUUAGUAUUUGUGAAGAAGUUUGAGAAUCUAAACGUUUUGCCCCACCCAACUAGCUAGGAAAGGACGAGAGAGGAAUAGUAGACAAAAAAAAAGAAGUAAAA